AUGAGCGUAGGAGUCAUAUCACCAUACAAGGCUCAAGUGCAUGCAAUUCAAGAAAAAAUUGGAACGACUUACAGAGAACAUAGUGACUUUUCUGUAAAUGUCCGGUCAGUCGACGGAUUUCAAGGCGGUGAGGAUGAUGUUAUAAUUAUCUCUACAGUCAGAUGUAAUGCAAAUGGAACAGUGGGUUUUCUUUCCAAUUGCCAAAGAACAAAUGUGGCGUUGACCCGUGCAAAGUAUUGCCUGUGGAUAUUGGGAAACGGUACAACUCUUCUCAACAGUGACUCUAUUUGGACGAAAUUAGUUACUGACGCUAAGCGACGGGGGUGUUUCUAUAAUGCCGAUGAGGAUAAAAGCUUGUCUAAGGCUAUAAUGGAUGCCUUGUUGGAGUUGGACCAAAUUGAUGCUGUGUUGAAUGUGAAUUCUCCAUUGUUCAGAAAUGCAAGAUGGAAGUUCUGCUUCUGUGACGAUUUUCGGAAAUCUAUUAUGAAAGUGGGAAAUAAGGCUCGUCAGGAAGUGAUUUCUUUGUUGGCAAAGCUUUCAAGUGGCUGGCGUCCGUCUCCCAAAGGCAGAAACUUCAUCUUCCGACGAGGAACUUCUUCUGAACUGUUAGAACAAUACAGAGUCCAUGGCCAGCUCAAUCUCAUUUGGACAGUGGAUAUAAUCACGGAAAACUCAAACCACACUCAAAUUCUCAAGGUGUGGGAUAUUUUACCAUUACCUGAUUUACCAAAACUAGCAAGGCGUCUAGAUGCUGUCUUUAGGAAUUAUACCGCGGAUAAGAUGAAUCGCUGCAAACACAAAUGUAUAGAAGGGAAUUUGGUUGUUCCCAUGACAUGGUCAAUGGGUUUCGGUGAUCCUGCACAACUUCUGUCACAACCAUGGCCAAUGGGUUCCGGUGAUCCUGCACAACUUCUGUCACAACCAUGGCCAAUGGGUUCCGGUGAUCCUGCACAACUUCUGUCACAACCAUGGCCAAUGGGUUCCGGUGAUCCUGCACAACUUCUGUCACAACCAUGGCCAAUGGGUUCCGGUGAUCCUGCACAACUUCUGUCACAACCAUGGCCAAUGGGUUCCGGUGAUCCUGCACAGCUUCUGUCACAACCAUGGUCAAUGGGUUCCGGUGAUCCUGCACAACUUCUAUCACAACCGUUUGCUUCACUUGUUAUUAGGGAUGAAUCAGAAGCUCCAGAAACAACUAAAGAUCUGAGCCAACAGGACUGGCCUCACAACAAGAAACCAAACCAGAGACCAACAACAAGAGUGCAAAUUAUGCGGCUAGCAAAUGAUGCAUAG